AUGCCGCGGCCCCGUCCUGCCGCCGGGGCUGAGCCGCGGCUGAGCCUCCGGCCGCUCCUGGCCCCGCUGGGGCUGCUGCUGCUGCUGCCGGGCGCAGGUGACUGCCAGCUGCACACAUCUUGUGGAAUCCAGAAGUGCACCACUGAUUUUGUGUCCUUCACUUCCCAUCUAAACGCAGCUCUUGAGGACUUUGAUCUGGAGUUCUGCAAGGCCCUGCGCGCGUACUCUGCGUGUACCUAUCGCAAUUCCAAAGUAUGCCGUGGAAACCUGGUCUACCAUUCUGCAGUACUUGGGAUCAGCGACCUCAUGGCCCAGAGGAACUGUACCAAAGAUGGACCAACAUCCUCCACCAACCCUGGAAUGACCCAUGAUCCUUGCAAUUACAGCGGCCACACAGAAGCCAGAGAACAUCAGGGAGGGGAGAAGACUCCUGCUCCUACUUAUCUAUUUUGUGGCUUGUUUGGUGAUCCACAUCUGAGGACUUUUAAGGAUCACUUCCAGACAUGCAAAGUGGAAGGUGCUUGGCCCCUCAUAGACAAUAACUACUUGUCAGUGCAAGUGACCAACGUGCCUGUGGUCCCAGGAUCCAGUGCUACUGCUACAAAUAAGAUAACUAUUAUCUUUAAAUCAUACCAAGACUGUACAGAACAGAAAGUGUAUCAAGCGGUGACUGAUGACUUGCCUGCAGCUUUUGUGGAUGGUACAACGAGUGGAGGUGAUGGGAACACCAGGAGCUUGAACAUCGUGGAGAAGGUCAGUGGGAAGUACAUCGAGAUGCACGCCCGGCACAUCGGGACCACGGUGUAUGUGCGGCAACUCGGACACUACCUGACGCUGGCCAUCCAAAUGCCUCGGGAACUGGUCAUGGCCUACGAGGAGGGCCAGGACCUGCAGCUCUGUGUCAACGGCUGCCCCUCCAGCGAACGCAUUGAUGACAGCGGUCACUUGCCGUUGCCUGUGAUGAGCAAAUUGCUUCCUCAGGGCAGUGCUGCCCAUCCCCGAUCAGGGUACACACUGGAAACUGCCACCACCAAAUGCCAUGAGAAGAUGCUGGUGAAGGACAUCUAUUUUUACUCAUGUGUAUUUGACCUGCUCACUACAGGUGAUGCCAACUUCACGGCUGCUGCUCACAGUGCCUUGCAGGAUGUGGAGGCGCUGCAUCCCAGAAAAGAGCACUGGCAUAUCUUUCCCAGGAGCAGAGCUGGUGUUGUGGGGAGGGAUAGCAAAUUCUUUGUCCAUCUUGGACUCGUGUCCUUUAUCCUUGUUGUGUUUUUGUAGUUUGUUUUUUUUUUGUCUGUAAACAAAGUUUUGAAAUAUAUAUUGUCAUAAUAUAUUGCGUAAAGAGGAGUAUAUAUGUAUAUACCAUGUAUAUGAAGGGAUGUUUUGUCUUGGGACACCCACCAGAUUGUACAUAUUGUGUUAACUGUUUUCAUAUAUGUUUGAUGCAGUGUUCUUUGUAUCUAUUUGUUUUACAGUUGUUGAAAUGUUUUAUAAUGUCCCUGCACUGGGACCUGAUAGAGAGCACUUUAUUUUUUACAUAUUAAAUAUUUAAGUGUGUAUCUGAGUAACUGUGUAUUACACAUAAAAUACUCAGUGCUCCUUCUAAGUACUACUUGGUUUAACACAUUUUUUUAAAUUGAAUUAACUUGUGGGUUUUUCCAGGAGAGCUUUACGUAAUGCCAAACGUGGAUAUUUUGAAGCUAGUGAAUGGUCUCUGGAGAGAGCUUAAACUUAAAGGGAACGCUUGCUUUUUUUCACAGACCCACCAGUUGUCUUCUUUUAGAAGCCUACAGAUUUAUAUUUUUUUCAUGCUUGGAAACCCCACAGUGUGUCAGUCUUUGCAAAACAUUUUAGAUGUGGUUCAUCAGUAUACCAGUAAGUAUAUGUGUGUAUGAAAGAGUGGCUAUGCAGUGUUUAAAUAUUUUGAAUUAUUACAGUAGAAGAAUAGUUGCCUGCCCUGCUGAGGAACGUCAGUAAUGUGGUGUGACCCCUGGUGGGGUGCAGAGAAAUUGGGGAUGUAGGCCACAUACUGGGCAGGCAAUUUAUAAAUAAAGGCUGUUUGUCUCCUAGCCAAAUAGGAUGGAUAGGAUAUUGGAUAGGAAUGUGCUGAAUACAGUUCUUAUACUUCUUGCAGAUGGUUGUUUUCCCUCUGCUAAAUAAGAUGUGUAGUUAAAUUUAUGACCAGCAGCUGUAAACCAGGCCAGUUUAUUAAAGAGAUAGUGUGUGAGGAACCAAGAGCAGGAACCAUCCCCUCAGGAUACCAGUUGUACAGUUCCUUUGCAAUGUUUGUGGAGAUACUUAGAAGAGCUUUAGCACAGUUAUCUGUGUUACUGCUGCAUUCCUCCUGAGAGGUGUUAUAAAAAUCCUCUUUUUAAGUUAUUGGAGAACUCUCAGACCAGAAGAACCGUGGAAUAGAAAAUUAUUUGCCAUAAAACUAAAGAAGAGAUAGUGAAGUUGGAAGAAAAAAUUAUAUAGAAGAGUCCAUAAAAUUACAGAACAGGAUGACCUGAUAAGUAUAUAUGGAAGCUAUAAUAUUUCAUCUGCAGGGCUAAUCGCACAGUGUGAAGGUAAAUUGAAAGUGCCAAAAGUCAGAUACAUACCAAGACAGACCUAAAAACGACGACUUUGAAUGUUACUUUGCUAAGCUCGUGUUACAGCUAGGAUUUGAGCUGUGUGAGGUAAAUAUAUCAGCAAAAUGAUCUGUGGAAAUUGCUGUAGAAAGAAAAGGGAGCUUUAAAUAUAUAUAUGUUUACUGUACACAGAACGCAGCUGUCAUACCUGCAAGGAUUCACUCUCCCAGGUGUUGAUCUAUCACCAUAAGCUCUGCAGAAGGCAGUGUAACAUGUUUAUCAGUAUUUUAAUGCCACAGCGUGUCAGCUGUUACUGACACUAUGUGUUGUUUGCCUUUGUCUUCAACAAGCUAGGCAAUGCCUUGGAUAUUAGUGGCUUAUCCAAAACAGUUUUUUAAGUAUCUUCUUAACCAGAGUGUUUCCUAACUAUAUGCUAACAGUGGCUGAUGAUGGUUCUCUGUAGUUGUGGAGUCUGGCAACUUCUAUAGGAAGCAUGUUGCAGGACUGAGCAGAGACUGUGUGCUUAAUCCUUCAUUUUGUAUGUACAGAAGACUCCUAAACAAGUGUAUUAUGAAAGGAAAUAAUAGGCUUAACUGCCUGUGAAACCAAAAAUACUUUUUUAUUUCCUGACUGGAAGAAAAAUCUGUAUAGAGCAUCUGUUAAGUGGAACGCAACCUGAGAGAACAACCUGAGAGAACAACCUGGUCAAGUUACAGCCCUUCAGUAUUGCAUUUCCUUUCAGACUGCUGCUGUACUGCCAGAAAAUAGAUCAUCAACUAUUUACAUUUUCUUACCUUGGCAUUAUGGUUACCAUGCAUUUGUUUUAUGAGUUUUGAGGCUGUGCAAGUGCCUAUUUACUUAUAUACACUGCAAAGUGAAGCGAGCAAUGUUGCAAGCUUUGUACUGUCUAAUGAGAGUUUCAUUAGUGGACAUGUUUUGAAAAAAAGCCCAAGAGUCUUGUGGCUUUCUUCUGUUUUGACAGACUCACAGAACAGUUUACAAUCUUGCGUUUGUUUUCUUCAUGUAAGUACAGCUGUGGUGUUUUACUGAAAUUUUCAUGCUUAGGUUAUUUAAUUCCCAUCUAUAUCUUGACUGGUACGAAUUCUUUUCUGUCUUUCCCUAUUCCAGUUAUUACAGACUGCUAUCUACACAAUGUCCAAACAGGACUAGUAAUGAUUCCCUUUUUUUUAAAAGGUGUUUUUUACAAGAUAAAUGUUCUCUGUGUUGUGCUGCUACUUCUCUCCAGAUGUAUUCAAAACAAACAAGAAUUGUGGGGAUCAGUGUUGUUCAUUAGAUUUUAUCAUUGUUAUUAGUUAUCAUCUUGUGGAGAGCAAAAUAGCAACGGAUCAAGUACAAGUAUGCAGGUAAAUUUGUGAUGCUGAUGUAGAACAAUUGCAUCUGAUCUGAUUCUGAAUUCUUUAUCUUUGUAAACUAAAGUUCAUUGAAAUUAAAAGCUGCUGAUAGUAAACAACUGUGAACAGUAAGAUUGAUUACAGUCUUCGGGCUGGGCUGUGUAUCAGAACUCAUAACUAGAUAUAAAAAGGACAUUGUGUCAUAUGUGGAGUGCCAAUAACAUUUACAGGGAUUAUUUUCAUGAUUACACUAGUUUUAAAGCUUAAUUUCCACUUUUAUCUACACUCUAACAGUAGACAAAUGCUCCAUUAAAUACACAAAAUAUGUACAUGUCAUUGAUUCUAGUAUGUGCUGAGGGCUGGAUCUAUGAAAGAUUUUAUAUGUAUGUUUGGUGUGUCAAGCAUUUAAAUCUGAAACUGAGACACACAGUUUCAGCUUGAACCCAGAUGUUUCUUUAGGAUCUCUGCUUUCCUUCUUAGUCCAGUAAAGCCUCUCAAGGAGGCUUUUGCUGCUGUAUUUUGCUGCUGAGCAGAGGAAACAAAUGCGGUCUUGAGUUUGUAUCUGCACACUAGUCAGAUUUAAAUGUUGUUCAUUUGUCUGGUUUACUUGUGGGACUUUUUUGGCAGUCACCUGACUUGCUCACUCGUGUUUGGCAGAUAAUGGUAAGAGUUAUUUAGACUGUAGUGGUGUUAAGCACUCUGUUGGAGUUUGGGAGAGGCAAGUUGAAACUCCUCUUCUGUCUUGGUCUUUCACAUCUGGUGAGACUAACAGCUGGGAGCUAUUAUGGAAUAGUGCCAUUCUGUGGUGUUACCAAGGGAUAGCUUUAUCCAAACAAGGUCUUAGUUGCCUUAAAGGAGACGAGGCAUACUUUAGUGAUUGAGAGGUAUUUCAUCUAAAUUAGGUAAACUAAACACGUAAGCCUUCUCUGUAUUCAGUGAAGUAAAUAGCAAUAUUGUAGGUUGGGUUGAAUUGCCUUCUGGAGAUGCCUACUGCUAUUGUUCUGUAGAGGGGAAGCCCAGACAGCUAUUUUAAAAUUAAAUUAGUCUAGCCCUGAUGGGUACAUUUUAAAUUCCAGCCUAGGUUUGUAUCCAGCGACAAUCUGCUUGCUCGAGACAAGCCAGCUGAUCCAGCACUUGCUGCAUAGCACCCCAUCUGUCUCCCAGGCCUAUCUGAUGGAUACACCUUGGCCUCUGAAAGCCUCACAGCAGACCUGGGCCUGGCCUGUACUCUUUGAUUCUCUUGAAAGCAGACCUGAAUAAGGCAACAAAGCCCUCCCUUCCUUGCUGUCCUGGCCCCUUCUCCCCUCCCAAGGCAGGUUUGUGCGAGGCAGGGGAAGGCCAGAAAAGAAAAAAAAAAAAAGCUGAAGUUGGGACAAAGGAGAGAAACUGAGUGGGUAAAGUCUUAGUGGUAAGGCUUCUGAUCUUAAUUUUGGCCUUUAAAUCCCAGACUGUUUACUUUUUCCAGUGAAUGAUGCGAAGUAUAGAAAAAGGCUGCAUAGGAGCAAGGGCUGUAUUUUCUAAUUAGAGUGUUUUAUCUUUUAGGCUGUUCUUUGGUGUCCUGUGCUGCCAUUACCAUGCAAGUGUUUUACAGAAAGCAAAAGUUUCAACAUCUGAGGUUGCCAAAACCUUAAAUACCCUGCAGCCAAAUUGUUAAUGUGUUUGACUAGAAAGUAAGAGAUAGUCUGUGUUUGAAUCCCCACUCCAAAUUGUUUAAAGAAGAUGUGUAAACAAGGUUUCUUGCCUUCUCAGGUGACUGUAAUAAUCUUUAUCCUGCUGGGUUUAUCAGCUUUUAUCUGGCUAGAUCCAUCUGCUAUCCUUUCUCAGGAAAAAUGCUAAGCUUUUUCGUACCAGUCUACUUGGAAGUGUAUGAGACCUGCCUUCAAAGGGUGUGUUAGGUUUGAAACACACCCCUCCCACUUCCCGUAGGUGGGAUGCACUGGAGAAAUAACUCUUUCCAUAACCCUGUCUCUCUGUAGAGGGAGCCUAAUGGUGGCUACCCUUGUGGUGGAUAGGGCAAGUUAAAAAGUGAGGUACAUCACUGUUUGUGAUGCCAUCUCUUAUCCCUUGUUCCUGACCUAUAUGUAGUGCCAGUGGUUUGGCAAGACCUGCCUUCAUCUAGUUCUUGCUUCUUCAGGUGCUGCCAGUCAUCACUCCCCAGCCUCCUGAAAACACAGUGAACUGAUUUCCUUAAAAAUAAGUAAGUUGAUCCGAAGGCAUGAGAGAGAAUUGUUACCAGGGUAGGCUUUUUGAAAAACAUUUUUUUUUUCAUUUAGUAAUUUUAUAAUCCUUCAGCAAUUAUAAAUUCUGUAAAAAGGCCCUCCCUAAUCAUUAAAAUGUGGCUUGCACAGUAGUGUUUGAGAUCUUUGGAAUGCCACCAUUUUUUUUUUUUAAUACUUACGUAAAAAAGAAGUCACAAGUCUCACCUCUUCUUGCAAAUGAAGUGGCCUUUAUUACGGUAAAGAGAUCAAUAAUUAGUCCUAUUGGGAAAUCAGAUACAGAUAUUCCUCUAUAAUAAGAAUAAUUGCUGAAAAAUCAAUUCAGAUGUGUCUGUGCAAUCAGUCUGCCCUUUCUCCACAGCUAGUCAAGGCUCCUCAGUCAAAAAUUAUCAAGUCCUUCAGGGAUUACCCUCUGUGUGUGAGUCCUUGAAAGUUUUCCGCAUGCAUAUUCGUUGACAGAAGUGCUAAGAGUUUCUUCUUUGUCAGCAGAUCUUCUUGACAGACUAUUGAUUACUUUUUGACUUUCGUUGGGUGCAUUGUUUUGUAUGGUUGGCAGUCCUGAUGUGGCUGAUUCACUGACACAAACAGAGGAAGUGGAAACACUUUCUUCUUUGGGGUUUUAGACUGGUAAAAAUCAGAAAAGCAAGACAAAUAGAGCUUUCUUCAAAAAAGUGUUAGGAUAUUGCUUCUACAUGGUCUGAUGGGAGCAGAAGUGUAGUAAGAAAUCUACUUCUGUUUCUUUGAGUUAUUUCUACACUGGCUCAACCAGAGCAAACCACUGUCAGCAGCUGGAGUGUGUUACAUGAUCUUCUGAAACAUUUCUUCCCUUUUAGUUCCACCAGGAAAAAUCCAUUUCAUCCAGUCAGAGAUGUGAAUCAAAAGCAAAGAGGGAGAGUGUAAUAAGGAGGUUGACUUCAAAAGUAAAAACAUUACCAGCUCUUUCAGUCUUAAGAGAAAGUCUUGUCUGGUAGUGCUAACAAUUAUAAUGCAAAUUCUUAAAAUCAACAUUAUAUGUAAUACCUCUCUGGGUAAAAAAAACAAUCAAACCCCACAGCCCUGCAAUCUAAAACCAGGUCCUUUAUAAGUGAAUGAAUUAUCUAAUGACAAGAAGUAAAAGCCCUCCCUGUUUCAGCUUUGCUCAGAAAAUAUUUUUACUGACUAUUUAAAAUGCCGGUUAAAUGGCAAUACAUUGGCCUCUGGUGGAGUACUUGCCUUAAACAAAGAGCUGUUAAUUGCAGUCUAAUUGUGGACAAUAAGGGUUAUCUGAACAGUCAGUAAUGAAACUUCCCCAGGUAACAAUGUAAGUAUUUGUUUGUUGGUUUUUUUUAAGGUAAUUUCCCCUCAGUGGGGGGUUCUUUAUUAAAUGUGCAUAUGGGUCACUAUGUACAUAGAGAGUCUCCUUUAUUUUUAAUCUCUGGAUAUAAUUUUCUA